CAUGCCAUUUUUUUUAAUGUCAAGGUGGAGCAAAAAUUGACAUUACCCCAGUUGAGAAAUCUUUCUCCAGGAUGACUAUUCUUUAUGAGCCAAACCAAGACCAACCAAACCUCUUUCCAACUGUUACUGAAACUCACCACCCUUCUGCUGGAAGCCACUCCCAAAUUGCACCAGAGCUGUCUAGUGCAACUAAUUACCCAUCUAUUCAGAGCCAUGGCCAACACUUGCCAGAACUUUCUGGUGAAGUUAAAACCAAAUACCCCCAUAGUCAUGGCCAGUUUACACCAGUGUUGUCCAAACCAACCAAAACUCACUACCCUGAAGCCCAAAGCCAUGAACAAUACUUGUCACAACAAUCCAGUGCUACAAAAACUCAAUACCCUUCUUCUGGAAGACAUGAUCAGUUUACACCGGUGUCAUCUACUGGACAUAAUAUUCAGCACCCGUCUACCAAAUUCCAUGGACAACACUUGCCACAACAAUCCAGUACUACAAAAACUCAACACCCUUCAUCUGGAAGCCAUGAUCAGUUUACACCAGUGUCUUCUACCGGACCUAACAUUCAACACCCUUCGACCAAAAUCCAUGAUCAACACUUGCCUCAACAAUUCAGUGCUACAAAAUCUCACUACCCUUCAUCUGGAAGCCAUGAUCAGUUUACACCAGUGUCAUCUACUGAACCUAAUAUUCAGCACCCUUCUACCAAUUUCCAUGACCAACACUUGCCACAACAAUCCAGUGCUACAAAGACUCAAUACCAUUCAUCUGGAAGACAUCAUCAGUUCACACCAGUGUCUACUACCGGACCUAAUACUCAGCACCCUUCGACCAAUUUCCAUGACCAACAUUUGCCACAACAAUCCAGUGCUACAAAGACUCAAUACCAUUCAUCUGGAAGCCAUGAUACCGGACCUAAUAUUCAGCACCCUUCGACCAAAAUCCAUGACCAACACUUGCCUCAACAAUUCAGUACUACAAAAACUCAUUCCCCUUCAUCUGGAAGCCAUGAUCAGUUUACACCAGUGUCUUCUACCGGACCUAAUAUUCAACCCCCUUCGACCAAAAUUCAUGACCAACACUUGCCUCAACAACUCAAUGCUACAAAAACCCCGUACCCUUCAUCUAGAAGCCAUGAUCAGUUUACACCAGUGGCAUCUACUGAACCUAAUAUGCAACACUCUUCUACCAGAACUCAUGACCAGCACUUGUCACAGCAAUUUGAUGAAACAAAACAUCAGUACCCUUCAACGGGAAGACAUGUUCAGUUCACACCAGAAUUCUCUACCGAACCUAAUGUUCAGUCCCAUUACCCCAAAACCCAUGAUCAAUACCCUUCAUCUGUACACCAUGACCAGUACCCUUCUACUGCGAUCCAUGACCGACACUUGCCACAGGAAUCUAGUCCAGGUACGAAAAAUACCCAGUAUCCUUCAUCUGGAAGCCACGAUCAAUUUCUACCAGAAUUUUCAACUCAAACCAGAACCCCACAAGCCUACAACACCACACAUAUGGAGGAAUCCCAAUACGGAUCAAUGGAGAAACCAUCAAAUGAGAGCAGUUACACAGAUAAAAUCUCAUCAGCAACAGCUUCAAUAGCUGAUACAGCCGUCACUGCUAAAAAUGCUGUAGCUUCAAAACUUGGAUAUGGCCACCGAAAUGAGACCGAAGCAACUCGAGCACAGAUGCAAGAGAACAUAAGCAACGAAGAACCAUCAACAGUCUCAUUAGCUACAGCCGCAAUAGCUGAUAAAGCCGUCGCUGCCAAAAACACAGUAGCUUCCAAGCUCGGAUAUGGCCACCGAAAUGAGACCGAAGCAACUCGAGCACAGAUGCAAGAGAACAUAAGCAACGAAGAACCAUCAACAGUCUCAUUAGCUACAGCCGCAAUAGCUGAUAAAGCCGUCGCUGCCAAAAACACAGUAGCUUCCAAGCUCGGAUAUGGCCACCGAAAUGAGACCGAAGCAACUCGAGCACAGAUGCAAGAGAACAUAAGCAACGAAGAACCAUCAACAGUCUCAUUAGCUACAGCCGCAAUAGCUGAUAAAGCCGUCGCUGCCAAAAACACAGUAACUUCCAAGCUUGGAUAUGGUGCCGACACCGAAACAACUCAAACAAAGAUGCAAGAGAACAUAAGCAACGAAGAACCAUCAACAGUCUCAUUAGCUACAGCCGCAAUAGCUGAUAAAGCCGUCGCUGCCAAAAACACAGUAACUUCCAAGCUUGGAUAUGGUGCCGACACCGAAACAACUCAAACAAACACAAGCAGUGAAAGACCAUCAACAAUCUCUUCAGCAACCACUGCAAUAGCUGAUAAAGCUGUCACUGCCAAGAAUGCCGUUGCUUCAAAGCUUGGAUAUGGUCCUGAAACAACUCAUCGGGAAGAAGAAAAACAGUCGACAAUAUCUGCGGCAACCUCUGCAAUAGCUGAUAAAGCUGUCACUGCCAAAAACACCGUAGCUUCAAAGCUCGGAUAUGGUCCUGAAACGACUCAACGUGAAGAACAAAAACCAUCCGCAAUCUCUUCAGCAACCUCGGCUAUAGCUGACACAGCUGUCUCAGCCAAAAACACCGUUGCCUCCAAGCUCGGGUAUGGUAAGCAUCAAGAAGAAAAACCAUCAACAGUCUCUGCAGCCACCUCUGCGAUAGCUGAUAAAGCUGCCUCAGCCAAGAACACAGUAGCUUCAAAGCUUGGAUACGGUGCCAACUCAGAAACAACACAAACAAAGAACUACCAAGAAAAUACAAGCAAUGAGCAGCCAUCAACAAUUUCUUUAGCAACCUCUGCAGUAGCUGAUAAAGCUAUAUCAGCCAAAAACACCGUAGCUUCCAAGCUCGGUUUCGGUGACACCACAACAGCACAUGAAGAGAAGAGAAGAGAGCAUGCUGCUGCACCAACUGAAUAUGGAAAGAGUGUUGCUCAGUCUCUGACAGAGAACCUAGGUCCAGUUUAUGGAAAGAGUGGUGUGAAAUCCAAUGUUUCAGGUGAAAAUGCUAGUGUAGUUGUAGAACAAGACAAGGGUGUUUCUAUGAGGGACUAUUUGGCGGACAAGCUGAGGCCUACACCUGAAGACAGGGCUCUCUCUGAAGUGAUAUCAGAGACUUUACAUAAGAAGGAGCCAGUGGAGGUCACUGAGGAGGGUGUGAAAAAAGUGAUUUCUGAUGCAGUGCAUAAGAGAGAGGAUGACCCUAAGAGAAGAGUAGACCAACAGAUACCAGUAUGGAAGGUAACAGAAUCAGAGGAAGUGAAAAGAAGGUUAGGAAGUGAAGAUGAAGAAACUGAGAGAAGGUACCAAGAGCUGUAUCUGAAGAGUCCAGGGACAGGUGUGGUUGAUAAGCUUAAGGGAAUGGUUGGGUCAUUGAUUACCAAUCCAGUGGAGAACCAAUCCUUACAAGGUAAUGAUCAUUAGUGUUUGUUUUCAUGAUGAAUCUCUCCAACAUGGUUUUCUAUAUUAUGAUGAUAUUUUUGCUGAUUUUACUUUCUCAUUACUGUAUUAUGUUAAAUAUUCCGUUUUGCUGUGGUUGCAUGUGGACAAAGAUUCCUAUACUACGAAUUAUGAGACAAAAGUGGAACAUCUUCACCAAGGUGGAACUGAAAGAAGACUACAGGAGUCAUCUAAUUGAAGAAUCUUCUGAUUGUGAAUUUGUCUAGAUUUAUGUUAUUGUUGUUUGUCUGCUACCUGUGUAAUGUGUCUGGUUCUUUCUUUCAAGAAAGUCUGACGUGAGUCACUGAUAAUUUAUUUUCAUGUUUCUUUAUUAUGUA